AUGUAUCACGAUGAUGGAGCCAGAAGUUCCAUUAAGAUCUUCGCCAACAUUUUUAUUUCGUUCAUCGGUGCUGGGAUUUUGGGAAUGCCACAUGCUUUCAAAGAGGUAAGGUAAAACACAGCGUUUGUAUGCGACCAGGUUCUGGCGCGAGUUGCCACGAACACAUAUUUAAAGAAUGAACUUUUGUGGUCAACUGAAUGUCGCCUGCUCCUUUUUAUUUUCCAGGCGGGAGCUAUCGAGGGAAGUGUCAUUAUGGCGAUAAUUGGUACACUGAGGUAAGACUUGUAUGUCUCAAAAUUUAAAGGUUGUGUUUCGGUCAGAUAUGUUUAGUUAGUAUAUAUGUGACCUAGUUUCAUAGAUUGCUUCCAUGGCACGGAGAAACGUUUUUGAUGAACAAAUUUCGUAGCCAUAGCAGCGAAUAUCUAGUAGGGUCAUUCUCUUCCCUUGACCCUUAUAAAUCAUUAUUUGACUGAUUUGUUUAAAGUCUAUACAGAUGUUAAGGUUGUUUGUUUAAUCCACAUUGAUUGUUUUGCCCAAUUUUGUAGUUCUCCUUAUUUAAAUUAUUUGAUUUUGUUACAUAUUCCUUAAAUUUAUAGAGUACUUGUAAUUAAACAUCAUUAGUCCUAUUUUAAAGUUAUCUUUGGGACAGAUGGGGCUGAUCAGCCCCAUAGGAAAAUCAUGUAAGCUGAUUUGUGGAGAAAAAAAAAGUGAAAUGAAAUUGAAAUGAGGCACUGUUGUGAUUAAAUUCUGACAAGCAACAACAUAGCUUUGAAAUAGCAACAUAAGAUAAAUGAAUUGCUGGCAAACAACAUGAAGUUGCAAAAGAAGGUUGAGUUUGAUCGUCCAGGUGAACGUAGUCCUGAAUAGGACUGUUGUUGUUGACAGUGACUGACGUUUCAAGAACCUGUGUGGUAGUCAUCUCCUUUGACUCUGAAGAUGACUACCGCACAGGUUGUCGAAACAUCAGUCACUGUCAACAACAACAGUCCUAUUCAGGACUACGUUCACCCGGAGGAUCAAACUCAACCUACUUUUGAAAUGACCCCUGGGUACAAACCCCGGGGGGGGUGGGGGUACUGCCAUAUAUGGGCUAUAUGGGUAUGUGCUGCUGUGAAGGGUAUGGUUUUCAAGCAGUUUACUCUAGGAUAGGGUAUAUAAAUCAGAGCGUUUGGGUCUAGAAUAGGGUAUCAUUUUUCAGGAAACUGAUCAGUUGGUUGAAGAUUUUAUAAACAAGCACUCUAGGAGAGGGGGGUUUUGGUGGUUUACUCUAAUAAAGGGGAAAAAAAUUAAGGUGGCCUAGCCCUUGUAAAGGGAAAGGGGCCCCGGGGCCCCACGGCCCCCCCCCCCCCAAAAAAUCCCAAAAUGCCCCCCCCCCCCCCCCCCGAGUACAAACCUUUCACAGUUGUAACAUGAAGUUGGUUGAAAGCCACAGUAGUGACAAGUAAAACCACAAAUACAAUGGUAAAUACCAACUGCAACGUUGCGUCUUCUUCAAUAUGUGAAAAGGCUGCUUUUCAAAUUUAGACUAGGGAAAUACUUACCCCCCUAAGAGGACCUCAGAAAUGUCCCAACAAUGAGUUUAUAUAUUUGAUAUUGAAAUAUACUGAGUAAAGGCUAUCUUGAGUGGAUCACUCCCUCAGGAAUCAGAUCAGUUCAGUUGGCUUUGUGAGAUUUGAAUUUGAAGUAGCGGCAAUGACUAAUGGAUGUUAUUUGCAAAUAGUAAAUUCAUCAGUCAAAUCCACAGCUGUGUGGUUGACCUGGUGAGACUGUAAGUGACCACCUCCUAUAUAUAUAAGGGACCACCUGUUAUGUAUAUCCUCCAACAUAACAAAAUUUUUCAAGUCCAAGCCUUAUACUUGGAACGACCUCCUUUAAGCAACCAAAACCACUUUUCGAAGUUGUCAGUUUAAUAAUUUUCCAUUGUUUUCAACCUCUUGUAAGUAAUCACUUGACAGACUUCAUGCAUGGUUUUAGUGCUAUAUUCGCCCUAUGCACUCUGUUGCUAAGAGUAUACAAAGAAACUACACACAUUCAAGGCUGUACUCUAAGAAAAAUUGAAGGGUUCAGUGCUCUGAACUUUUGAAAUCCAGUGUGCCCAGCAUAUGAUUUCUAUGGAAAAGCAAAGAUUUUCUAGUCGCCCGAGAACAAAAGUUAGACGCCACAGGCCACUGGGCUCUGCCAGAGCACAGCCUUGAUAUUUUAACUUACAGAACUCUUCUCAGAAGAGAUCUCAUGUGGUUCUAUUCUUGUAAACAGCCACUUCACGUAAGCUAACACAAAGUCUCUGCAUUUUGGGUACUCAGCUAUGAGAGGUUCUAAAGUAUACAGCUGGCUGUUUGCCAAUACGUAUAAUAUUAUUUUGUAGUAUUUGAUUGUAUUUUAGUCACAGAUCUACCCAAUAAUUUUUGGGAGCGUCUGUGAUUGAAGUCUAAGCAAGUUGAAUAUAGUAAUGGAAUCACUUUGACAAUUAAAGUAUUUGAGUGAAACUGAUAUUAACCAAUUAACCUGCACAUACAGGUCUGAAUUAUAUUUCUUAAGUGGAUGGUCCUGAAAUUUUAUAAUAAAUAUUAUUGUCACUGUGUCAUAUAAAUUUAAUACUUUUAGUGUGAAAGCAAUGUUGCUGAUUAUUGAUUGCAAAAACAAGAUUACUUGGAAGAAGCUUGACCAUCUUCAGAAUGGCUCAGUGAUUUCCAGUGAAGGAAGUGUUGCAUUAGAGGAGAAGGAGUUGCUGAUGACAGUUGAAAAUGGAGAUACAGUUUCAAUGGAUAAAGUAAAAGAAGAGGUAACAAAUACAAUCGCAACAAAGCUGGUUCAUCAAGUGCUGGCACAUUCCUUUAUUUAACAAACAAAUUAUUAGUAGAUUGAGUAUGAUUGUCUGGGUGAAUGUAGUCCUGAAUAGGACUGUUGUUGACAGUGACUGACGUUGCAAUGACCUGUGCGGUAGACAUCUACCUGGUCAAAGUGAGUUGUAUCACGUCAGUUGAUAGUAUUAAACUCUGGUUAGUGACCUGAUUGCCCAGUUUAGUUGCAAUGUUAUUGGUUGUCUGUCAAUAACAUCACAGCUUAACUCGCUGACCAAAUGACUCCUGGGUUCAGAUCUUUCACAGUUAACAAAAUAGUGAAUUAUUGCAUGGGACCAUGGAAAUUCAGGGUCAGGGCUGUCAUUAAUGGCCAGGGGUCGAGGGAUUACCCACAGCUACUAUAAUCACUUAUCAACCCUAGCUAUUUCCAUCAGAAACAAAAGGAAAGUUAAACCAAAAGAAUCUCCUAGCUAUCUUUGCAAUUCCCUGCCUUCUAUAUAUUCAUUCAUUCAUUCAUUUAUUUUGCCCUUAACCACAUUAGAAUACCUGAACAAUAUACAAGAAAUUUAUAAUAUAUUUAAGAUGGUAGGCACUAUUCUAAAUAAAUAAUUAUUUUGACAAAAUGUUCAAAGUGGUAAUGGCAAGGAAGCCUAUAGUGAAGCUGGGGGCUUAUACACUAUAGGCUAGAUUCCUGGCAAUUAUAUAGGCCAGGGUACACUAUGUGAGUUUAAAUAAUUGCAUAUACUUGUCAACUUGAAAUUUUAGAGAUAGCCCUGUUUGAACAUUUUUCUAUAAAUUAGAAAACUAACCCACAAAAAAACUCUGUAUCUAUCAAUCCCUAAGUCAGCUUUGCUGGGGGAGAGCGAACUUUCCCAGGAUGGGUUUCUGGAUGUAUGAUAAGGUCAUGUGUUUUUGACAGGUCACAUUAUUGCUAGAAUGAGGUCACCUCUUUUCAACAGCACUGUAAUACUGUAAUAAUAUUAAAAGGGUUCACAACUGAAGGUAAAUUUAUAAACACAUAAUGAGUUGGAAUAGCAUUAAUAUUUUUACAGUUGUAAAGACUGUAAGGGACUAAUAAAGUGGCCACAGAAUAUAAUUAAAAUGAGGUUGUGGCUCUGUGCAGUCAGCGCACUCUGCUUAAGUUGACACAAGUAUCCCCAUCCUGGCAGUGGAAGUGUAAACUACGGUUCGUAUGUAAUUCAUCAUAAAGUUCUUUGAUGUGAAAUCACUUGGAUGGAAAUUUCACAUGCAUCCAAUGCUUAAAAUAAGCAAACAAAGGAAAAUUCUGUUGUUAAACUCCUUAAAAUUCCUAGAUUUGGUGGUUUCUUACAGUAGGUGGUCACUAUAGACUCUCGGUCCUUACUUGCAGAAACAGGUCUUAUGCAUUCAGCGUAUAAAUGACACUAAUGGCAUGAGUUUUGUAGUGAACAAAUAGCAAAAAAUAAUUUCUAUAAGACUAGUAUACAGCCACGGGUGAUCAACAAAAUAGCAUCUCUGACAAUAUGAAUUGAUUAUUACUUGUAGAUAAUGAUAAUAAUAUAUUUAGUAAUACAAUUGAUGCAGAGGUUGCUUCAUACCAUAUUUUUCUUCAUUUUUAGAUACAGAGCCACCAUCAUGAGAUUGACUAUGGUGAUCUUGGUAAGUGUUAUUCCACGUGCAUUUUUUGUACUUGUGUAUUUACAUCCAGUUCUCUCCAAGAAGGAUAUCAUUGUAAUCAACACUUAGUGUCUAUCACGAUUAGGUGUCUUUCUUCAUAAGGAGUUAGAAAAUGGUUGAAGAGCUGCUGGAACCAAAUGUAGUUGAGUCUGUUUUAGGGAGGUAUCAUAAAUUUAAAAAAUAGAGCUUGAAAAAACUUGUUUCAGUAACAAGUUGCUGUUUUCCAGGGUGAGGUUCAGUGUUAGCCCCAUGCCUAACCCCCAACCUGGAGGACUUAGUGCUGCUGUUAGUCUGUCCUCUUCCAUAUAACCUGCCUAAUUUGGGGAAACCUGACAGGAGCUUAAGCCCCCUGCAGGUUUAGCUAACAGGGUCAUUAAGGCAUGCAAGCUUGGGUAACAGGUAACAGCACACUGGAGAUUGCAACCUUAUGUCCUCACCAGGAUGAAGCGGUUGAGUGAGUGAAAAAAAACUUGAAUUGGACAUGCAGCACUCAAUUUUUUCUUGCUGAGGGCCAUGGAUUCCAUCCUUGUCCAUGUUUAUGACUCUCUUUGGAAGCUAACAUGACUUGCCACGGCAAGUGAACAUGAAAAAAUAUCUAGCUGGAAAAUCUACUUGUCCUGGAUGAUGGGAUUUUUUACAAGCCCUGUCUGUUAAAAAAGAAAUUUAAAUUUAAAUUUGUUGUUAGAGUCUCGCAUUAAUUUAUAUGUUAAGUCAUGUUAAGGAUGGAGGCCUCUUAGCAAUGCAAGGCUCCUUUAAUUUGUUGAUCUUUUUACAUGUAAAAGGUAGCGAGUUAGUGAAAUAAUGCCAUGAUAUUGUUUAUUUUUAUUCUUAUUUUUUAAUAGGUUAUUAUGCUUUAGGGAAUUCUGGAAGAGCCAUAGUUGAUUUGAGCAUUGUAAUCUCACAGAUAGGUACAUGUAAUUCAGUUAUUUUCUGUUUUAUAGAAAAUAAUAGUUACCCCUUCAUGUUUCUGCCUCCCUGUGUGAUCCACGGACAACUUUCCAUCUGCAACGCACAUAAUUUCAGCAAAACUGUGAACCUCAGAUACACAAGGGUCUUCAGCCCUCACUUCACAAGGAAUAAAUUUAAUUUUCUUUUCAAUUUCAAGUGAAGUGGUGGUGUUCUUUUGGUCAAAUCAAAAGUUCUAUGAUUGUUCAGUUUGCAUUGUUUCUUUAAACAAGAAACUUUACAUCACACUGUUUCUCCUCACCCACUGGGCGUAUAAAUGUGUCUUGAAUAGUAAUGAUACUACAACCUACUGAGGCCAUGAGGUACGGUUUACUUCUAGGUAAUAAUUGUGUGGAAGUGCCAUUAAAUGAAAGCUGUGUUCGUGGUCCAUUUGCUUGAUACAAAAUCAGUGGGGGAAAAACAAAAUAAGUGGGGAAAUCAGGAAAGCCAAUGUUUGUUGCUUUCUCCCUUGAGAUUCUUUAAUCUCAACCUCACAUGAAUCCAGUAACAAGAAUUAAAUUGAAAAUCAAGAUUCUCAAAAGACUGGCAGCUUACUUUAGAAUCGUACAGUAGGAUAAGUAGAAGGCCAGUUAUAAAAUUAUAUUUAAGCCAAAUGAUGAGUACAAGUAUAUUGAUAAAUAUCAUGACUUACACUAUUAUUUUGUCAACAGGUUUUUCAUGUGCUUACCUUAUAUUUAUCUCUGAUACUCUGAAUAACUUGUUUCCAAUUAUGAACAGGUAUGUGAUCAAACAUUCCAGUUUUGAAUAUUUAUGCCUUAAAACUGUUAAAUUUAUUGAUAUUAGUACACACUUGGGACCAAUUUCCCUCAAAACAGUUAAUGUGACAAAUUCAGCCACUUUUAACACAGAUUUCCCAUGGCUUCUUCAUACCUACACGCUACCUAACUAUUUCGCAAUAUCAGCAUUAUCUCAUUCACCAUGAGAUUUGGGACCAAACUGUGUGACAAUGAGUUGAUACCUCAGCUAUGGGUAUCACAGUCAAACCAUAAGAAUUGGCAGACCAAAUCUGCAGCUACUAAUUAUUUUUUUGUUUUUUCAGCUGAAAGGUACUGUAUGCCUAGCUGAAAAAGGCCUUACCGAAAGCUUUCACCCAGAGAAUAUUGUUGUUGUCUUUGGAAAACUCAAAAUAUCCUCAGAUAACAAAUUUCCAACCAAAAACAGUCUUUGCACUUCCCUAUUUGGCCAAAUCACUAAGUUAAGAAAAUCUAGAUUUGUGACGAAUACCACAGCAAUUGAUAAAUUACAUGUGCUUAAAUAUUAAGGGGGCCACAUAUAGGCAUUUGAUUUGUUUUGUGUCUUCCUUUUAUAUUUUCAGACACCAGUUCUUAAUGAGUCUACUUCCACCUCUUGCAAUUCUAGUCAACUUUAGACAUCUGAAGAAAUUAGCCAUAUUCAGGUUUGUUUCCUUGUGUGCAUAGCUAGAUGAUCUGGAACUUGAUUUUGGUCCAUAGUUGUAGAAAUUAAUGAAGCUUUAAUUAUUACAUGUUUCAUUCCUAAUUAACAUCCUGCUGUCAUUUUACAUUCGUUUCUCAAAUGUUUUGUUCAGAUUUGGAUUUUGUGCUUUAUCAUUUUUCUUCUUUUUUUUUCCAGCCUCUUUGCAGAUUUUGCAAAUGUAUUUGCCUACUGUGUAGUCUUCUGGUUUGAUUUUGCCCAUUUUGAAAAAGUUCAGUAAGUACUUGUUUGUUUUUUAAAGUUUGGAUAAUGCGAGUCGUAAUAAUUGUUCAUGAAUUAGGGCUUGGAGACAAAGGAAAUUGGGAAUCAACCUAGUUUGAAAAAUUUCAACCUGAAUAUAAUUUUGACCUGUAACAUAUACACUGGAUCAGUCACUAUUCAGUUGAUAAACCAUGACCAAAUAAAAGAAAUAUUAGUGUCAAGCCAGGUCAAGCGUUCCCCCCAAGAUGCCAUUAAUAAAUUUAUUAUUUAAAAGAUGAAUCCAUUGGUAGUUGUAGAUUUCAGAUUCAUCUCUGCAUUCUUGCACGAGUAAUGAGCCGUGAAUUCGCACACAAGGCAGUUACCGAAUUUCCAUCAGCUCAGUUUCCCUGAAUUUGAUGUAAAUGUCAGAGAGAGUUCUUGUAAAAUAUUCACAGCUCAUUAUGCAUGCAGGAAUACCUAUUUGAAUUUGAUACAAGUUACGGGAACAACUAACAGAUUCAUUUUUCAAAUAAUCAAUUCAUUAAUAGAAUCUUGGGGGGUAUGCUUGACCUGCCUUGACUGUAAAGUAUAUGGUUUUCGCCCUGCAGAUAUGUCAUAAUUACAUUAACUCUUUCACUCCUAGUAAGGGCCAAACAGAAAUUGCCAAAUAAUAAAUUUUCUUUUGAGGUCAAUCAAAGAGGUUCCAUUUCAAUGGUAUUAAAGAUAUGAUUAAUCAUGCACAAUUUAAGAGUUAGUGUGACACUCUCUAUGGUGUAGCUAGGAGUGAGUGGCUUAAACAUAGUUAUCUGGUUGGGUAGAGUCCUAAAUUGAUAGCCAGGGCUGUUGAUGAUACUGAAUGAUAUUUCAAAAACUUCUGAUCAUUAUCGUCAGACAGACCAAGAAAUAGUAUGACGUAAUAUUGAAUUUUCUCUUUUUUUCAGAAUUCAUCCCCAGAUUGCUAGAAUUAGUGGCUUGCCAUUUUUUUUAGGUGUAGCAAUUUAUUGUUAUGAGGUAGGUAACACCACAGAGCUUCAGGGCUAAAGAAAGUGAGAAUUCCAAGUCAUGCUUUGGGCAAGCUACUCUUACUUUUUGCUUGCCCCAGGCCGGGGCCACUACUUGGUCGUCUUAGUUCAUGAUCUAGUUGGAGGAUACCUUGCUUGGAACCUUACCUUUUGUUCAAGUAACCUUUAAAAGUUACUUGCCCAGCAAGAAAAUUGAUUUGUCCUAGACUACUGUAAGGGGCAUUUCUUAAACCCUGAGCAUACUCGUGUAAGAGUAACAAUUUUUACUGGCUAAGUAGAGUGAUUAAGAUGUGAAUUGUUUUUCUCUCACAUUCCUUGGCGUAGAUGUGGUACUUUUUACAUGUCUGUCCAGAUCAAAGAGGGUGGACUGUGCACAGUGACUGUUGUUUUUGUUGCCUUGUCCACUGUCAACCUUCUCAGUCACCCAUUCUCCUAAGAUCCUUUUGCUUAUGUUAUCAAACUUGUGUUUUUGGGAUCUUUCUUGUUUUUAGUUUUAUGAGUUAUACUAUACACAGUGUAAAUUGCUACUAUCUUACAACAAAGGUUGAGUUCUAGUGACCAGCUUAGUGUAUAUACCAAUACACUUGUGGUUCCAUUUUUGGUUUAAAAUCAGUAUUGUAUUUAUUUUAUGAUUGAAUGUGCUCAACAGUGGAUUGGAGAGUUUUUUAUUGAGUCUAGGAAAUCCCAGUCAUACUUCUUUUCUGAUUGUCUGUACAGGCUGCUACUGUAACAAUACUGAUCUAAGCUCAAUUAUUAUGUAAAAAUGUGUCAAUAAAGCUUUGGUGGCCUUUUCUUCCAAAUGUGAAGUGCUAGACUGUUGUUGAAAUCCAACUUACGAAUGUCAUUACGUUUUAGCUUAAUUGUACAAAUGUUGUGUCAUUUUAGGGUGCAGGGCUGAUUUUGUCACUUGAAGCUUCCUGUGCUAGUGAUUCAAAAGACAAGUUUAGAACGUAAGUACCUUCUGACUUAAGAUUCUGCAGAAGGUCUACUAUCAUGCAGACAUAGCACCAUCCUAUAUUUUCUGUAAAACAAAUGUACCAUAUUUACAUGUAGCAGACACCUCUAUUAAACCAUUUUCCCCUGGAGAUAUUACUGAAAAACACUGUUUGAAGCUCGUUGAACCAUUUUUUUAGGUCAUUAUCUGUCUGAAAAGGCACAAAAAAUAAUUACAUGCUCAAACCAUUGUUUCCUGAUGUGCCAAUAUUAUAGCAUUCUUCUCUAGAGUGUUUGUGGGUCACUAGGACUACAACUAAGUGUCCAUGUGGGGAGGUUUUUGUCUAAAUUAAUAGCGAGCUAAAGCAACAAGAAUGCUGACAUCUGGGACAUCAUGAGUGGCAACCGGAAGUUCAAUGUCUGGCUUGAUGGAACACUUCUGUGUCACACAAUGAACCUGAAUACCUUUUUUUAACUUUUUUUAACUUCCACUGUAAAAAUUUGUUGAGUCAGGGCGCUGAAAGGGAGAAAAUAUCAACUUUUGGUUGCCAUUUUUGAUGUCUGGGACAUCAACGUUCUCGUUGCUUAAGCUCUCUACUAUUCAAAAAAACAACUUAUUAUUUAAUGAUUAUCUCAAUUGCAAAUUAUUAGGUUGAUGAGUUAUUCUUCAAUCUGACCAUAACAAAAUUGACUUAUUUUAAUUAGUUUGUGACACAAUGUAUAUACUUUAUUGAUCCUUUUCAGUGUAUUUAAAGUCACAUUGUUUCUAGUCACAACAUUGUACAUUGGUUUUGGUGCCUGUGGUUAUCUGGUAAGUGCAUUAAAGUUUAUGUUAAAAAUAUUAACAGUAAUGGUAAUAAAAAUAAAUUGUUAAUUUUGAUGUUGACUUUAGCUAGUGUGUUCAUCACUUUAAUCUAGCAACCCAGGUGCAGUGGCAAAGGGUGUGGUUUUUGCACCCCCCCCCCCCUUUAUAGUCUGAAAUUGGUACAUGCAUUUAAACCAUUUUGGUUUUAAGUAGGGUGAGGAAGCUACAUGUUUGUUUAAAAUAGGGCAGGGGUUUUCGGGUUGUAUGCUACACACCGUCACCAAAUCAUUUUCUAACUGUUCCCCCACCUUAAGAUGGUGUCCGAGGCUAGGCUGCAGAUAGCCUGCGAGCAGGCUCUCCGGGGCACUCUGGCGGCAUGAUAAGUUGCUAAGAGCGUAAAAUUUAAUAUUAGUUUGUUUGCUUUUUGUUUUUGUGUUUGGUUUUUUCUUGACUUUUUUUAUUAUUGUUGUUGCUGUUGUUGUUUUUUUUUACUAGUUAACCCUUAAUACACAAAGUAAGAUUUUAACAGGUACGAUAAAAACCCUUGUUUUCUCAUUUUUCAGUCAUUUGGAGAGACAACAGCACAAAUGAUAACUUUAAAUUUACCUGAAGGUAAGACUGACAGUACAUGUAUUGAAAUUGCUGUCAAAUUUGAUUUCAAGAGACACAAGAAAUUGAGAAUCAACCUACUGUAGCUUAGAUCAAAAUUAACGUGGAAUCAAAUUUGACUUGUAUUAUAUAUACAUGUAGGCACCUGUUGUUGUCACAAUGCGGACAAACUUCUAUUAAGCAUACCAUUACAUUCAUAGUUAUGUACGGUGAGUUUGUUGCUGGUUGCUAGCACUGCUCUGAUGGUUUUUUCUCUGGGUUCUAGAACCAACAUUUCCUAAUACAGGACUGUAACAAUACACGUAUAACAAAGGACCAAGGGACGGGCAAAAUUAAUUCACUAUAACAAAAGUUUCCUUAUAUCGAGGUUAUACCGAGGACUUUGUUAUAUGGAGGUUCAUUAUAUCAAGGAACUUGUACUGUAAUUUUGUGAUGCUGGCCUUGCAGCUGGUUAAUAAUAGGGUAUUAAGGGUGCUUUUCAAAAGUCGGAACUGGCCGGCCAGAUCAUAGCCAGACCAGUCAUUUUGAGAAUGAAAUACGCUUUUUCCAAGAGUUUUUGAUGAAAAACCAUCUCCUUCAUGCAUACUACAGGAUUUGACUUAUCUGGCUGGAUAGCUUUGAUUUAAAGUGAAAUUCUCAGUGUGGUGGGAAAGGCUUGGCUGCUUAGUAUGACAAAUGGAAAGCACCCUGAGAUGUCAUUCUCAGAGCAAGUAACAUACUGGCCAGGGACAGAACAAAUGUCGAAGAGCUUACAAUCUGUACAUUUCCUUUGGUUGUUUGUUCCCAAUGAAUUUCUUGCUGCUAUUUUUCUUCCAAAAUGACAUUUGUACCACAUUUACUGACCAGCUAGUUACCAAGGGAACAUUGAGGACAACAAGUUCAUCAGUCCAUUAUACGGUUUAACCUGUUAAGUCCCAAUAUCCACAUACAAAUUCUCCAAACUGACCUCUAUAGAUUUUCUUAAGUAAGUAAAGUAAGUAAAAGCAUUAUUAAUGUGUCAAUGUAUUUAGUUUUCACAACUAAUUGGGGCCACAAAAAUUAAAAUUAUUUACAAAUAAGAAAUUAUAAUAAUAAUGUAUAUACAAUUAAAAUAUGUAGCAUAUAUAAAUUGUAUAAUAAAACAGAAUUUGAUAAAAGAUCAAGGCAUUUUCUCUUAGGUGAUCAUUUUUAUUAAUUCUCAUAACCUAAUCUCUUGACAUUGUAUGGAUAUUGUUAGGAGAAAAUUAAUGUUAGUCACUAUUUGGACUUAAUGGGUUAAACAGUAUUUGGACUGAUGAAUAUGUCCCUCAUUUGCUUUGUUAUAUUAAUAAUAUUGCUUGGAUGACAUUGUUUUCUCAAGAAUUUUUUUUUUUUUUAUUUCAGGGCCAUUUCCUGCAGUGGUUCAGUUAUGUCUUUGUUUUUCAUUAUUUUUUACUUAUCCAAGUAAGUAAUAAUAAAAAUAAAUAAAUAAUGUAGUAGCAGUAGUAUACUUUCAUGGUAACAAGUCUAUCAUUUUGUACCCGUGCUUAUGUACCUGCAUGAAAUUCUUUUACUUAAUAAGCAGUUACAUUUUUUAAAAAAAUUCAUUAUUACUGUAAACUUCGGAUUAUAAGCCCUGGGCUUAAACAACUUUGUAAGGAGUUUUGGGGGGCUUGUAUUUGGGGGAGCUUAAAAAAAAAGUGUUUCAAAACAAGCUACAUAACAGUGCUGAUCAAAAUACUUUUUGAAUUAUGAUCACUUAAUUAAGCUUCAAAAUGUCGUAACAAGCUGGGGGGGGGGGGGUGGGGGGGGGGGGGGCUUUUAACCCGAUGCAUUUUUUGUUUACAGUUGGGCUUAUACAUGUUAUUGGAAGUAUAUGGUAUUUAAUAUUUAUUUAUUUAUUUAUUUAUUACUUUUUUUGCAGUUAUGAUGUUUCCAGUUGCACUAUUAUUGGAAAAGAAAUUACUUCCAGAUGGUGGAAGAAACAGUUACUAUCCAGGAGUGAGUAUCUAUGACAAAAAAACUUUAUCAUUUAUUUUGUGUCAGUGUGUCUAACACAUGUAGCUAGAAGCGCUAAUUUUGCCCCUUUUUUUGUCCUUUUCUGGUGACAGGACCAGAUUCUGCAGAUUGUAUGUGGCCAGCUUGUUUUCUUAACCUCACAAAAGUAAAACCUUUGGCAGGUUAUAAUUUAAAUAGGGCCAGUAACUCAUGACCCAACCCAACAUAUCAAGUACAUGUAAUUUGAUUUAAAAUUGUUUAGUGGUAGAACAUCUACUUGAGUGAAAGUGGUUCUCUGUCUACCAAUGUUUUCCUGAAUGUACCAAUUGGAAUUAGAAUUUUUUUUCUGCAUUUUGGAAAUCAAAUUUAAAUUGAUGAUUAGAUAUUUAAGGAUCAUGGACCACAUUCUCCGAUUUCAUCUGACAGACAACAGUGCAUGUCACCAUUAUGAGUAUUAAUUCCAAGGAAGAAGGCUUGAAAUUUUUAUUUUUUGAUUUCUAAUCACAUUUUUCUUGCCUUUUGACCACAACCUGACAACAAUGUUUUUCUUUGCAGAGUGUUUUACGAGCCUGUAUUGUGGUAUUAACAGGCAUUGUUGUAUUGUGUAUUCCCAACUUUUCCACAUUAAUGGCGUUCUUUGGAUCCAGUUGCUGUACUCUAUUAGGAUUUAUAUUACCUGGAGUUUUUCAUCUUCGUAUUUUUGAAGGGUGAGCUUAGAAUUUCUUCCACUAACUGCAGAAUGGCAAAAGAUGGAUAAUGCUAGCCACUGUAGAAAAAUCUAUUUACUGGAUCCACUGAUCAACAAUGAUCUAUCUGUUGGACAAAUAUUAUUUUAUCCAGUGGAUAGUGCUCAUGCUAUCCAACAUUGCAACCACCAGGGCCAGGUGUUUAAAGGCUGGACAUCAAUAUCCACUGGACAAAUUUCUUUUCAGUGGAUAUAUAGCACAGUUGGCUUCCCUUAGGCUUAUACUGUACAUUUCCACAUGAUUUAACAAACCAUCAACAGUUUUCCAUGGUCAGACUGUACUCUUAUCAACUAUAGAGCUGCAAGUGAAUGGUUUCACUGCAAAGUUUUGAACAUUUUGAUGUCAUUUCAAUGGCCGUUUUAAGAGUAUAUACCAUGAAUAAUGGCUGGUGAUUUGUUUUUUCAAUAACAUUGCUGUUGACAUUUUUUUUGUGUCCAUUUUCUUUGACCUCAUUGGGAAAGUCAUGCAUCCAAAAAGAGAAUUUGUACCACCAUCACAUUAUUUUCAUGGUCUGUACUUGUAUUGACCAUAGCUCUCAACCAAUCAGGACACAAGAAAUCACUCAAUUAUUAUAUACAGUGAUUUAUCCCAUGGAAAGUGUUAUUCAACCUUAGAACAACCAUGACGUCAGCAUUAUAACGUAUUGUUUCCCAACUAAGAAUUAAGCAAUCUACAACAACCAUGGUAGCAAAGCUUACAUGUGCUAGAGAAGUUUUCAUUUCUUUACUGAUUCCACUAAUUUAUUGAUGAAGUACUAUCUUUUUGUCUUCUAUAAUAAAUUAUACUACUUACUGAAACUGAAGAUAUUACUUUGGAUUAAAAUGCACUAUGCAUGAAAUAUACAUGUAAAUGUUAAAAAUUAUAUUGCUUCAGUUAUGAAACUCUGUCUGUUUUCUUUUCAUUUAGGCACCUCACAAGAUGGGAAUUGUUAAUUGACAUAUUUAUCAUAUUUAUUGGUUUAGUAGGGUAAGUAACAGUGAUGUUGUUGUCAUUUAACACUAGUAUUACUGUAUCACUAACAGCACUGGUGUCAUGUUGCAUAACAGAAAAGUGGUUUUGUGUUGCUAAGAGAGGAUUGCAAAUUGCCAGUAGGUCCAUUGUUUCCUCGCACCUGUUUAGAAAGGGGUUUCUUCGUUUGCUAGUAAUGGCCUCCUUGACGCAGUGCUUGAUGAUGUUAUUUCCAUCAGAUGCUAUUUUGUUUUGGAAUUUUCUACACUAAGUGUACGUUGCAUAACAGAAAAGUUGUUUUGUAUUGCUAAGAGAGGAUUGCGAAUUGCCAGUAGGUCCAUUGUUCCCUCGUAUCUAUCUAGAAAGGAGUUUCUUUGUUUGAUAGUAAUGGCCUCCUUGACGGGGUGCUCAAUGAUGUUUUUUCCGGCAGAUGCUAUUUUUUCGUUUUGGAAUUUUCUGCACUAAGUCAUCGUAAUGCCUGCAAAAACUCUCUAUUAUUGUGGAUGCAUGGUCACUAGGACGUACUCCUAAUUGAUCUUAUUGACUCAAAUAUUAAUGUUUAGUCAUGAUGUAAUGGCCUUUCUUGUGUUCGUCUGUUGCAGAGCUGUAAUAGGAACAAGGGAUGCCCUCCUGAGACUUCUAGCAGGCUCAUAAUCAACAGCCUUCCUAGAGAUUGCCAACUGAAGUAAACCGUUAAAUAAUAGUAAUGCAUAACUCUAUAAUUUGUGUCAAUUGUAUGAAAGGAGAAGGUUCAUUCCCAUCUGGGAUGUAAUAUACAUGUAAAAAAUAGCCUUUUAAGAAUUUCUGUAUUUUAAUCAAUUGAGUUGAGUUCAAAGGUAAUUACUCUGUAGCUAUUCUGAGUUUUCCAAAAUAUUUAAUUGCCAGUUCAGUUUCAAUAGAGUUUGAUCCAUGCUUGUGAAUAUUUCAUUGCAAAACAAUAUUAGUGCUUGUUCAAAAAUUGAUUUUCAAGGCUGUUUGUUAUUAGUGCAGACUCAGAGCUGUACUCAAAAACAUAACCUAUUGCAAGCAUCAUUUUAACACCAGGAAAUAAUUUCCUAGUUAACUUGGGUGAAAAAAAAAAUAAUUUCAAUUUCUCCAAAACUUUUCUAUGUUCAUGCUUUGUUACAAAGUUUGGUUCCUCCCAUAAUUAAAUGAAAACUUUGAAACUUUUUUUUCGUCAUUUCCGCAAGGUUCCCUUUAAGUCGCAAUAGUGACCAAGAUCAAUUUUCUCUUAACGAUAUCCAUACAUUGUCAAGAGAUUUGGUUUUGAGAAUUUAUAAAAUGAACACCUACUGCUUUGCUUUGAUCUUUUAUCAAAUUCUCUCAACUCAUUUUUUAAGGAAAUAUAUAGAUUAGUUUGGAGAAUUUGUAUGUGGAUAUAAUGGGACUUAACAGGUUAAGCCCCAAGGUCCACUCCAGACUGAUCUCUGUACAUGUACAACUCGUCACAUCUCUAACAUAGUGUUAGUUUACUUUAGGGUCUUACUUAACUUCCGAAAUUAUUAUUAUUGAAGGAAAUUGUUCAAAAUUGUUAGUAAUAGUUUUUCUGAUAUGCCAAUGGCAUCUAGUAAGAGGUGUCAGUUAUAAUAUAUAAAUAUUGGAUUGGUCACAAUGUUCAUUUGAAUUGAUAAGCUGCAUUAUAUUAUAAGAUGGAGAGCCAGGUAUUAUUUAUGGUCACAGCUGGAAAUGGUGAUGAAUUAGAAUCAGAAUUUGAAUGUUGGAAAGGUGCUUUUGAUAUAUAUUUUUUAUCAGUUCUGCAGAAUAAGCUAGCUCCCAUGAAUGGAUGAGGGAAUUAAGCCUUUUCCUGCAUUUAGGAUGCAUAAUAUACACAUUAGACCUACUUGCACUAAUGUUGUCAUUGCGAAGCAAAAAAAGUAAUCGGAAAAAGCUAAAUAUAGGACUAAAUUAAGCAUGCUUACUACAUUCAGAGAUCUGGUUUGGCUAAAGAAUGAAGCUCAAAAUUGAUAUGGUCAGGCAGUUUCCUUCUCUAACUCUACUGAUGUCUUACAUCAUUCUGCAAAAGUGCUCUCAGAGUUAUCAAAAUAUCAAAACAUAAUUUGCAAGUUAUUUGGCUUUUUUGUUUUUGCGGUUUCAUAUGACAAUGUUAUUGCAGUUAGGGGUAUAUUAUGCAUGUAUGUGCAAUUACUGUGCACAGGUGUAUACAGUACAAACUACAUAAAGAAGUCAGAGGCAUUUUUACAGAAUAAAAAAGAAUUGUAUGCAGAGGGUAUCGAAAAACAGUAUAUUUUCACUGCAUGAUGAACUGACUGAAUGUAUACAAAAUAUAGUUUAAAAAGAGUGUAAGAAAUAUGUAA